AUGGAUCUGGCGGUGGCGGCCGUGGGGGGCGCGGGCGCGGCGCCGCAGCACCAGCAGGUCCGCGAUGAAGUGGCCGAGAAGUGCCAGAAGUUGUUCUUGGACUUCUUAGAGGAGUUCCAGAACAGUGAUGGGGAGGUCAAGUACUUGCGAGAUGCUGAAGAACUGAUCCGUCCAGAGCGGAACACAUUGAUUGUCAGCUUUGCAGAUUUGGAGCAGUUCAAUCAGCAGCUCUCUACCACUAUUCAGGAGGAAUUUUACAGGGUUUAUCCAUACUUGUGUCGAGCAACAAAGACUUUUGCUAGAGACCAUGGAAAUGUUCCUCCAAACAAAGACUUUUAUGUUGCAUUCCAGGACCUGCCUACCAGACACAAAAUUCGAGAACUGACUUCAGCAAAAAUUGGCUCCCUGCUGCGCAUCAGUGGGCAGGUGGUUCGUACCCACCCUGUCCAUCCAGAACUGGUCAGUGGAACCUUCCUGUGCCUCGACUGCCAGACAGUGAUCAAAGAUGUGGAGCAGCAAUUCAAAUACACCCAGCCAAACAUCUGCAGAAACCCAGUCUGCGCCAACAGAAAGAGAUUCCUGCUGGACACAAAUAAAUCAAGAUUUGUUGAUUUCCAAAAGGUGCGCAUCCAGGAGACGCAGGGCGAGCUGCCGCGCGGCAGCAUCCCGCGCAGCCUGGAGGUGAUCCUGCGCGCGGAGGCCGUGGAGUCUGCCCAGGCAGGUGACAAGUGUGACUUCACCGGCUCGCUGAUUGUCGUGCCUGACGUGUCCCAGCUCUCCACACCAGGGCUACGCGCAGAGACCGGCUCGCGGGUGACAGGGACAGAGGGCUACGAAACCGAAGGCAUCCGCGGACUGCGCGCCCUCGGGGUCCGGGAGCUCUCCUAUAAACUUGUCUUUCUGGCUUGUUAUGUUGCACCAACAAAUCCACGGUUUGGUGGAAAAGAGCUCCGAGAUGAAGAACAGACUGCAGAAAGCAUUAAAAACCAAAUGUCUGUGAAAGAGUGGGAAAAGGUUUUUGAAAUGAGCCAAGAUAAGAACCUUUACCAUAAUCUGUGCACCAGCCUCUUCCCCACUAUCCAUGGUAAUGAUGAAGUAAAACGUGGGGUCCUGCUGAUGCUCUUUGGAGGAGUUCCCAAGACCACUUCAGAAGGCACUUCAUUGCGUGGGGACAUCAAUGUUUGUGUUGUUGGUGAUCCAAGUACAGCCAAGAGUCAGUUUUUAAAGCACGUGGAUGAGUUCAGUCCCCGUGCUGUGUACACCAGUGGCAAAGCCUCCAGCGCCGCGGGUCUGACGGCGGCUGUGGUGAAAGAUGAGGAGUCCCACGAGUUUGUCAUUGAGGCUGGAGCACUGAUGCUGGCAGAUAACGGGGUUUGUUGCAUUGAUGAAUUUGACAAGAUGGAUGUGCGGGAUCAAGUAGCCAUUCAUGAGGCAAUGGAACAGCAGACAAUAUCCAUUACUAAAGCUGGAGUCAAGGCUACUCUGAAUGCCAGGACCUCCAUUUUGGCUGCAGCAAACCCAGUUGGUGGCCGCUAUGACAGAUCCAAGUCACUGAAACAAAACAUCAACCUGUCAGCUCCCAUCAUGUCCCGCUUUGAUCUCUUCUUUAUCCUUGUGGAUGAAUGUAAUGAGGUGACAGAUUACGCCAUUGCCCGGCGCAUCGUGGAUCUGCAUUCCCGAGUGGAGGAGUCUGUUGACCGUGUCUAUUCCUUGGAUGAUAUCCGAAGGUAUCUGCUGUUUGCAAGACAGUUUAAACCAAAGAUAUCCAAGGAGUCUGAGGACUUCAUCGUGGAGCAGUACAAGCGGCUGCGGCAGCGCGAUGGCUCUGGAGUGACCAAGUCAUCCUGGAGGAUCACGGUGAGGCAGCUGGAGAGCAUGAUCCGCCUGUCUGAGGCCAUGGCCCGCAUGCACUGCUGUGAUGAGGUUCACCCAAAACAUGUGAAGGAAGCUUUCAGACUUUUAAAUAAGUCCAUCAUUAGAGUUGAGACUCCUGAUGUCAAUUUAGACCAAGAUGAUGAGCAGCAAAUGGAGGAUCAAGAGGACCAAGAUGGAGUCAAUGGUGAGGCAGAAGCUCCAGCUGGAGUCAAUGGUCUUGUGAAUGGGAUCAAUGGCCAUUCUGAGGAUGUGAACAAGGAUGCUGCACCGAAAGCUUCUCUCAGGCUGGGCUUCUCCGAGUACCGACGGAUUUCCAAUCUCCUGGUGCUGCACCUCAGGAAAGCAGAGGAGGAAGAGGAUGAUACAGCACUAAAGAGGAGUGAACUUAUUAAUUGGUAUCUAAAGGAAAUUGAAUCUGAAAUCGAAUCUGAAGAAGAACUAAUAAAUAAAAAGAAGAUCAUCGAGAGGGUCAUUCACCGCCUUACACAUUAUGACCACAUUCUGAUUGAACUGUCCCAGUCAGGACUGAGAGGAUCCAGAGAAGAGGAGACUUUUGAUGAUGAUCCAUACCUGGUUGUCAAUCCAAACUAUCUGCUGGAGGACUGAGGGCUGACAAUGGCAUUGUAGAGCUGACUGGUUACAAGUUGGAAAAUGCAUUCUUUUCUUGCAGGGGUUGCUGUAUGGCUACUUCCUUAAAUUUCUAUGGCUGUGUCAGAGUGUGGUCAGUAAUACAUGAUUUCUCAUUUACACUGAGCAUACCUGGAAAGCUUUUAAAGACAUGACACACAUAUAUUAGUUCCAUUGAUAGCUCUGAAUUUCAGUGCCAUCAUAUGGAUGCAGAGGAGAAUCAUCCAAUAGCUUUUUUCAUCAUCAAGCUGUGUAGAUGCUUUUGUUUUAAAUAAGAUUAAUUUUACAUUGUUCUUUAGUAGACAUUUUAGGCUAUAGGUUUUUACUGUUUUUCUUAACAGAAAUAAAAGCUCGUUUAAUAUUUAAGAAGAUUUUUUAACUUCCUGUAAUAGACAAUGAGAAACUGAUCGCUUCUCUUUCUUUUUAGAUGGACUAAAGAUGUGCAGGCUCCUGUUGCAUAUGUAAAGCAGAAAAUUGCAGAUAGCUAAGCCCAAAGCAAGGCUUUAAGUCAGCAGGGCAGAAACCCCAACCUUGAUGAAUGUCUUGACUUGUAAGUGAGUUGAAAACUGCCACCAUUUGUGAGAGAUUUUUAAGACUAUAUUUGUAAACCUGUUUGUAGAUCUUUCUAUAAGAAAACUUUGCUUGAAUUUCUGUUCUCAGUUUUUUACUGUAAACUACAGAAUUAUUAAAUAAUCUAUUAAGAAUUAAAAAUACCUGAAUAUUUGUCUUGUUGACUGGAUACCAGCACCUUAGAAACAUUUGUAAUGCGUGCAAGAUAUCAAAGUUAUGUUUUUAUUUAGAAAUAAUGUGAAGUAACUGUUUCUGAAGGAGUCUCAGAAAUGGAGCUGGUUUGUAAGACGGUAUUCUUUUCCUUGUAGUCUCUCCCAGAUUUGGAGAGUCACACCUUGGUCUAACUAAGCAUAUCAUUAAAAAUAACAGUUCUAUUUAGGUAGUGGAGGGAAUCAUAGAUAUUUGUCAUCAACACUACCCCAUC